AUGUUCCUCGCCCAGAUCCAUUCGUUCACCAGUGAAGAAAUUUCUGCCUACUUUGUCGAAGUAUUUUUGCGUGAGUUUGUCGAGCAAAUUUCUCAAGCUCAAGCUCUAGACGACAAGAAAUUGGAGAACAGUGCUGUUUUUAUCGCACAUUUGCUGAAUUUUCAUUGCAUCUCUCCCACAUUCCUUCUUUUCGUUAUUGAAAUCUACGCAUUGUUAUUCACGAAGUGUGAUUCAAUGGCCAGAAAACAAAAGAACUGUGAGAAAAGGUUCUCUAGCGAUUUCCCGAAUCUUCUGUGCUUCCGAAUUUCUGUGUUUUCAAAAAAUAUGUUCGGAGCUGUUUUCCCUCUGAGCGAUAUGCUCCGUGCAGUUUCACUUCUAGUGUAA